GCAAAGCAGAGACAGGCGUUACAAGUUACUGGAGAGGAGAAAGAGAAAGACACAGCGGCAGAAUGGCGGUGGAAGGGGGAAUGAAAUGCGUCAAGUUCCUUAUGUUCUUCUUCAACUUCGUGUUCUGGGUGUGCGGUAUUGCUCUCAUAGCGAUCGGGAUCUACGUGCAAAUCCAACUUAACCACACUCUCAUCAUGAAAAAUGCCACCUCCUCUGGAACCCCUAUAGCCAUCAUCGUAGUGGGUCUUGUCAUCUUCUUGAUUGCGUUCUUUGGCUGCUGUGGAGCACUAAAAGAAAACUACUGCAUGGUGACAACGUUUGCUGUUGUGCUGGUGCUGAUAUUCCUGGUUGAGAUUGCUGCUGCUAUUGCUGCCUAUGUUUACAAGGAUAAGCUGCGCACUGCAUUUGAAGAAUCCUUUAAAGAUGGUAUGUCCCGGUACAAUAACACCAAGGAAAUGGCUGACAGCAUUGAUCUCUUGCAGAAAGAAUUUAAAUGCUGCGGUGCCUUCAACUCAACUGACUGGAAGCAAUAUGCUCCCUUUGUUGGUACAACCAAUGUGCCUGAUUCCUGCUGUAAGAACAUCACUGCAGGCUGUGGAAAGGCUCCAUUUCCUCCUAACAGUAUAAAUACUGACGGCUGUGCAAAUGGAAUAGACCAGUGGGUAAAGAAAAAUAUAGGAAUUGUGGCUGGAGUGGCCCUGGGAAUUGCUUUGUUUGAGAUCUUGGGGAUCAUCUUUGCCUGCUGUUUAAUGAAGGGAAUAAGAAGUGGAUAUGAAGUCAUGUGAUCGCUCCAGAGUGGGUUAUGCCGUGAUGUCACUUGUGUUGCCUUAGCAAGGUGGAAAGUGGUAUGUUCCAUCUCACGGCAGUUUGGAAAUAAUUGGCACAUACCACUUCCUACCUUAACAUGGGGAAUAAUGGCAUGUCACAUCUUCUUUGUACUUAAUAUAAAUACCUUGAUAUCAUCAGUUCGUUGUUUUUAUUUUUUAUAAAUAUCUUGUUAAAUGUGUUGAGCAGAAUCUGUAGUAUUUCUUAUCUUUGGAUUGCAUUAUGGCUUUUCUGACUCUGCACUUGUCUAUACACUUUAAUGCCUUAAUUCGUAUUUUAUGCCCCUUUAACUUCAUUGGAAAUUUAACAGACCUCUAAUUUUUGCCAUGAAAGGAAAAAAAGCUAUAAUCAAAAGGGAUUUAAAAUAAACUAUUCUAGUAUUUCAUUUCCUGGCUUUUUAGAUUAUAGCUGGGUCAUACGGAACACUUGCCAUUUUACCUUGGUCACAUAGCAUCCAAUCAUAAGUCAGCUUUCACUAGUCCAGCAAAAAUAGUGCUUGCAAAAAUAUCAUUGGUUGCUAAGGGCAUAUUUUGCAUGUGUUUGUAUGUAAAUCUGUGGAUCUCUGGAAUGCUUUGGGUUCACACUCUGACCUUGUAGCAAACCUAUAUUUAUUUUAGCCCGUGCUAUGUCAGAAACCCUGUGCAUCGAUUGCAUCUAUGAUUAGUACUAUAAUGUGCCUAUUUGCUUUUGUAGCCUGCUUUAACCCAAUCAGCCUUCUUUCUGUGGGACCUAACUUGAUCUGUGUACAAGACAAAUGUGCGGUGGGAGAGCUGAAGUUAGAUGAUGAUCCUUUAGUGCCUUAAUGCAGUGUUGGCUUUUUGUAUUGAUGUGCAAUUCCAUUGCUGUGAAAAAAAGAAAUAUGUAGCAUGUUCAUGGUCCGUGUAAUUGAGUAACUUGUGCCAUAUGUGUGAUGCCAGGGGUAUGAUGCUUCUCCAUGUAACCAUCCUCACAUUUGACUUGUUUUACGGUCAGGAAUUUGGAAAAGUUGACAAUUUUGUAGAGCACAAAAAUUCAAAAGCCAAAAUAAAGCGAUGAAACGACA